AUGGACUCGCCGCAGAUCCCCGACGAUCUUUUCCCGGAGAUCUUCCUCCGCGUCCCCGACCCAGCCGACCUCGUCCGAAUCUCCGCCGCCUGCGCCUCCUUCCGCAGCCUCGUCGCCUGCCGCUCCUUCCUCCGCCGCUACCGCAAGCGCCACGCCCAGCCCCUCGUCGGCUUCUUCGAUAAUCAGCGAGUCUUCCACCCCGCCGAACCUCCUUACCCCUCCGCUUCGGCCGCCAAAGCCGUCGCCCUCGCCGCCGACUUCUCCUUCCCCUUCCUCCGCGCCCCAGCCAGCGCCUGGCACAUUUUCCAGAUCCGCGACGGUCGUGUCCUCCUCGGCCGGGACCCCUACGACUUCGAGGAGCUGGUGGUGUGCGACCCCUUGCACCGGCGCCACCUCCUGCUGCCCCGAAUCCCUGCACUCGACGAGUGGCUUCCUUCGGCCACGACCGGCGGGAUAGGAUGGCAGAUCUUCCUCCUCGGCGGCGGCGACGACGACGACGAGGAGGCUGCGGAAGAGACGUCUUUCAGAGUGAUAUGGAGGGCAGAGCGUGAAGAUGAUGGUAAUCAGGUCGCCUUCGUCUUCUCUUCCAGCACGGGACAAUGGCGAGCUGCUCCGCCGUUGUCAGGGUUGGCCUCCUUCUCCUGGCGCCAAUAUGUGCAUGGCUGCUUGUACGGGAUGACAGAUUGCCGGGAGAAGCUACGUGUGCUCGACACCCGGACAAUGGAGUUCUCACUCCUCGACCUCCCGCUGGAAGCCAGAGGUUAUGCUUAUGUGUAUGUAGACGUUGUGGAGGCAGGGGAGGGCAUCACUGGGUUGUUUGUGCGACCAAGGGGGACACCUGAAAUCAGAUAUUUCACUAGGCGAAACAGUGGUCUGAGUUCCAGCCAGUGGCAGUUGGAGAAGAUAGUCUCACUGGGUUCUUCUCAAUGGCAGUGGGCGGGUUCACCAAGGCCAAACUUGUUCCUGCGUCACUGCGGAAGCCCAUCGCUUGAUGGUGGCCUUUUCUCACUGGAUAUCAAGACAUUACAGCUUGAGAGGGUGCUUGGAUCAGAGUCUAGCAUGCUUUACCCGUGGCCAUAUACCAACUUUCCACCAUUUCUGUCCACACCAACAGUAUCAAGUGAUACUCAGGAAGGUGAUGAGAAGGAGAUGCCGGAACAAGGUGCUGAGAUGCUGCAAGAUGACGAGCCCACAGGUAGCCUUCACGACGAGCGCACUGCUGAUGACGUGAAUGCUGGAGGCCAGGUCGGUGUAUCAAGGACUUGA